AUUAAACAGGAAUCUGCAGAAUGAGCUACAACAAGAGAGAGACAUUCAUUCAAGAAAACUAUUUUUCCCACAGAACACCAACUCCUCUUCUGAGCAAACUUUGGCAUUUCAACAACUGCAGAGGAUAAACCAUAACCUUCGUAUGGAACUGGAGACACUAAAGAGGAGUCAGGAGGAGGCUCGAGAGGCUGAAUUACGACGAAGAGUAGAUCUUUUAGCUCAGCAAGCACAGCUGCUGGUUACAGGUGAUGCUACAGCGCUUGCACAAAUUCAUCUUCAGCAAGAUCGGCAGAAGUUCCAAGAGCAGCAGCUGGAGUGGGAGCGCUCUAUGGCCUCUUUAAAGUCUCAGCUGAACAUCAGUGAAGAGAAGAGGAAAGAGACUGAGUCCCAUUUAAACCAGCUGCAACAGGAAUUAGAGGGCCAACAAAGUCUCCAGCAAGAGGCUGAACAGCUGCGGAAACAUCUCCAAGAGAUGUCAGCUCAGUUACGUGCCUAUGAGGAGGCUCAGGCUGAAAAGGAUGCUCGGCUGCAGAAGCACCUCAUGCUCCUUCAGGCAAGUCAGGAGAGAGAACGAAGGAGUUUGGCUGCCAGCUUGGCUCAGGCUGAGCAACACUCUCAAGACCUCCAGGACAAACUGAACAGGGCUGAGCAGCAAGUGGACAGCCUUAAUAAGACUCAGACAUGGACCAGAGAAAUCGAGGAGGCACAACGACAGCUGCAGGAGGAACUGGCGUGUACAGUAUCAGCUGUGCAGCGGCUCCAGGAGGAAAGGGAGCAGCUAGACCAUCGCUGUCAGGAGUUGCAGAGCCAGUUAUCAGAGGCAGACAGGGAGGUGAGCAGGCUACAGGAACGUUUAAAAACAGAAGAAACCCACUACUACAAUCUGGAGCAUUCCUAUGAAAGAGCUUGUGAAGAAUUGCAGGUGGCGUUAAGCAAGGUGCAGCAAAGGGAGUCUGAAACACAAGACAUACGAGAAGGCUAUGACAGACUGCUAGACAGGAAGGAGCAAGAAUUGACUGAAGUGUUGUUAAAGAUGGAAGUCUUAGGUAAUAGCUUGGAGGAGACAGAGGUGAAACUGAGUGAGGCGAUGAAAAUUUGCACCUGUACUUUUUCUCAGCUCAGGGAUGAGACUUCAGAAUACGUCGAGCAGAAAGAGGAACAGCAAAUUUCUGAGCCUUUCCCUUUAAAUAAAAGCAGGGCUAGUAUGGUAGACAGUUUCCAGUUGUCUGAGAAUACAAAUGUCAAUCAGGUAAACAGCAGUGAUCCUCAUGAACAUGCAAGAUCCCGCUCUGGAUCAACAGAGGCGUCAAAUCAGUACACUUCCACCGAAGGAGAUGACGCAGAGAAGUUUAUGUCUGUGAUCCAGUUACUUGAAACCAAGCUGUUCGUAACAGAGGAGAAACUGAGAGAUAUUACUCAGGGACUAGAGGAGCACCAGGGUCACAUAAGCUGCCAGGAUCCCCACCUCUGCUCCCAGCUGACACAAAGUCGAGCAACUUCCCAGCACCUGAGUCUGCUCCUUCACAGUCAGGCCAAGCAGAGCCAACGCUUUGCUCAGGAGACAGAAAAUCGCUGCCGGAUGUUGGUUGGGAGGUUUCAGGUAGCUCUGAACAUCAUACAAGCCUGCAGAGAGAGGAUUCAAGCUACUCUUGUUAAUAUUCCAGACCUCGAGAGGCAACUAGCUACAGUUGCUGCAUGUCUUCAGCAAGGAGAGAAAGAUGCAGAGAGAGUUCAGCACGACUCAUAUAACGUGAGUGUAGAAGAGGGCAAGAUCCUUAAGGAUGAGAAAUUAGCAGCAUCUGAGAGGGACAUACUUUCUAAACUCACUAAUACAUGGUCUUUACAUAAUAUUGCAAGUGCUGAGAAGUAUUUGAUUAGAGAACUAUUUGUGGUAGAAAAAAUGGUGUCUUUCCUUCAGAGUCAAGACGGUAUUAGCCAUCUAGCUUCAAUAUCAAGACAGAGUGAGAGCGAUAUUGCACACAGUUACAAAAACAUAAUCUCUGAAAGAAUAGUCAUAAAAACCAGAGAAAGGAUGGAAUCUGGGAGAUUAGACUGUGAGACUGAUGAAGCUUUAGAAAAUAUAAUUGGACGAGUCUGUGUUGAAGCAGAGCUCAUUUAUGCUGCCUUAAAACUUCAGCAACAUCAGAGCAUGACUCAAGAAAGUAAUCAAGACAUGGGUCUUCAGAGAGAAGGUCUAGCAGAUAUCAGUCCCUCAGAGUUGGCUCCUUAUGAUGAGCAAGUGGAGAUAGACAGCAGAGGUUCAGGGAAGGCCUCAAAACUGGUUGAAGGAGAGCAAUCUGUUGACAAAUUGAUAAAGGUGAAGAAGGAACGAGCUUGGUUAGAAAGAUUUAUAUCUCGGCUGCAGAGACGGGCUAAAUUCCUACGCAAAGUGUACCAGGAUAUUUGCAAUGACAACAGCCCAGUCAGAGAAGAUAGUGUCGACAUUACCGGUGAUAAUGCUUCUACAGCCGAUUUGAAUUUUUUUCAGGAGCAAGUGAAGUUAAUUUAUUUGUCAGACAGACUUUAUUUAGACUUAGAGGAAGAGUUUCAACAAAGUGAAAUGUUACAGAACAAACUGCAAACUCUAUGUGAUGAGCGGGAUGUCAACUUAAUGGCUGAGCAGGAAGCUUUAAAUCACACCCUAUAUCAGCUUCAGGAGGACAACAAUGCACUAAAAGAAGAACUUGAGCUGGCUGAGCAAAAUAUAAUAUCUGUAGAGACUGGGAACCAGAAACUCCUUGAAGACAUACAGAAGAUUGAGGAUUAUCACGAAGAACGGAUGCAAAAACUGGAAACAAAGUUCCACAAAAAGAUCACGGAGUUGCAACAGAUCCAUGAAGAGGAGAUGAAACAGUUACAUAGCUACUACUCCAAGUCUUGUGUUUCCAAGGAGAAACAGAGCAAACAUGACACAGAGACACCUCAUGUCACAGACGGAUUAAAAGACUCAUCUUUAUCAGACCAAGUUGUAACAGAGAGAAAAACUACGGAGGACCUGGUGGAACCUGAUGCAGUAGCCAUGAGAAAGGCUUACCUGCAAGAUCUUGAAAAACUUCAGGCAUCUUGUGAUCAGGGAUUUGCUGCUAUGGAGGAAAUGCACAGGAAGCUGAUACGAGACCUACAGCAACAGCACCAGAAGCAAGUGGCUGAACUUCUAAAAGAGAAAGACCAGCUUCUGCAAGAGGAGACAGCUGCCACUAUGGCAGCCAUCGUAGCAAUGCGGCGAGCCCAUAAACAGGAGCUGGAGAGAAGCAAAUGGUCUCAGCACAUCAGAGAAAGCGCAGACAUAACAGAACUCCAAAUGGAAUAUGAGAAGGAGAUCCAAUUAUUGCACAGGGAGCUCGAGGUGUUGUCAGCUCAGCACACUGAGAAAUGCCUGGAAAACUCUCAGCUGAGCCAGGACCUGCAGGAGGAGAGAAAAUCAGUGAUGCAUUACCAAAAAGAGAACCAGGAGCUCAAAAAGAAGCAGAGAGACACAGAUGAGAUGUCUGAGCUGCAUGGGAAUCAAACACAUGGUGCCCCUCAGGUGAACAACUACCAGAUGGAGAUGACUCUGAGAGCGAAGGAGGCAGAAAUACAGUUUCUCAGACAGGAAGCUCGUUCUCUCAGAGAGCAGUUGGAGAUCGCUGGAAUGGACAAAGUUUACAUGCAGAAUAAACUCAAAACCCUCAACACAAUCGAUGGAAGCCACCAGAGUGUCAAAGAUUCCAAAUUUGCAACCUGGUCGCCAAGCAGAGACACUCCAGGACACAGCCUCAAUGACUCUGUAACAACCACAAGCAAAUCUGCUUUUGCAAAGAAAACAGAAAAAUCCUCCAUCAUGCGUCAAAUAAGAGGAAUUAGAUCAAAGAGUUUAAAGGAUGGCCUUUCUCUUCAUGAAAGACUGAAGCUGUUUGAGUAGCUCAUCUGAUUUGAUGAACUGCUGAUGUCUAUGCUUUAGAGUAAAACUACUGUGGGUUCAGAACAAUUUUAGGAGAAUUACUUUUGUACAUGUAGAGAAAUGUUUGUUGUUACACUGUGCUUAUUAUGUAAUACAUACAUUUUUAUU